AUUGUGCCUGUUCACAAUAGUGAAUGUUGGUUGGAUGAGUGCUUGAAGUCCGUGUGGGAACAAGAUUUUAAAGAAACCAUGGAGCUGUCAGUUUUUAAUGAUGCCAGUAAGGAUGGUUCAGCUGAAAUAAUUGAAAAAUGGAAGAUCAAGUUGGAAGAUGCUGGUGUUCCAGUAAUCAUUGGUAGUAAUGAUUCAUCUCAACCUCGAGGCGUUGGAUUUGCCAAAAAUCAAGCAGUAAUUCAGAGCUCAGGAAUCUAUCUCUGCUUUCUGGAUUCAGAUGAUGUGAUGAUGCCACAGCGGGUUAGACUGCAGCACGAAGCUGCCAUUCAACACCCAAACAGUAUUAUUGGUUGCCAAGUCAGAAGAGAGCCACUGGAGUCUACUGAACGGUAUACUCGUUGGAUCAAUAAUCUGACUGAAGAACAACUUCUUACACAGGUUUUUACCUCCCAUGGACCUACUGUGAUUAUGCCUACCUGGUUCUGUUCUCGAGAAUGGUUUUUUCACGUGGGAAAAUUUGAUGAGGGUGGAAAGGGUGUUCCAGAAGAUUUGUUGUUUUUUUAUAAACAUAUCCAAAAGGGCGGUAAAGUCUUUCGAGUAAACCAUUGCCUCCUGCUGUACCGUUACCAUCCACAGGCUGCAACUCAUUCCAUCCUAGAGGGAACCAUCUGGAAUCACCGAGUCAGGUUUCUUGAAGACAGAGUCCUGAGCUCCUGGACAUCAUUCACCAUUUGGAAUGCUGGCAAGCAAGGCAAGAAGCUCUACAGAAGCUUGUCACCAGCUAAUCGGAAAAAGGUGAGCUAG